AGCUGUAGAGGUUGAACUUUUCAAUGACGGAAUCAUCAAUGCCAAAGUCUCCGGAAUGGUUUGUCAGUUUCUGAUUGAUUCGGAUUCACAAGUGAACACCAUAACUCACACGACAUUUGAACAACUUCGCGCCAACGCAUCGUAUAACGAAGGAUUACACAACGUCCGGCAUGGUACCGAUCGUAAACUGAAGGCGUACGCUAAGUCUGACGAUAUUCACGUGAUAUGCACUUUCGAAGCUUUCCUGGAAAUUUCUGACGACCGGCCAAUACUGCUCGAGAAAUUUUAUGUGGUCAAGGAACAGCGAUCGCUUCUCAGCAGAGCAACGUCGACCCGUUACAGUGUGCUCCAACUCGGCUUGAAAGUUCCCGUGAAUACUGGCUGGACGGCGGACGACAGCUGGAUGAAUAUCGGAUUCAUCAACCUAGUUUCGGAGGUGUCAGUACAGUUCCCGAAAUUUAACAUCCCUCCGAUCAAGAUUCCCUAUGAUAAAACGAUGCCGGCUUGUCGUAAUAUAUUUACGAACAUAACCGCCGCUAUGAAGCAAGCAGUUCAACGGAGACUCGAAGAGCAAGUAUCAGCGGGAAUCAUUGAACGAGUGACUGACGCGAUGGACGCGGCAUUCUGCUCGUCUAUGCUCGUUGUACCGAAAGGUAAUGACGAUUUCCGACUCGUGAUCGACCUGCGGGGUCCAAAUCGUUACAUCCUUCGCAGCCCGUACUCCAUGCCGACCCUGGAAAAGAUUCUGGUUCAACUGGAAGGCGCUCAAUGGUUCAGCACAAUAGAUCUACAGAGUGCGUUCUUUCACAUUGAAUUGGAAGAAGAUUCUCGACACCUGACCAACUUCAUGACCGAGUUCGGUAUGUACCGAUACAUACGCCUUCCCUUUGGAUUGAGCAACGCACCUGACGUGUUUCAAGAGGUUAUGGAGCGGAAAGUACUGACCGAUUGCGAAGGAGUUCUGAACUAUUUGGACGACAUACUGGUGUUCGGCAGGUCAAAGGAAGAGCACGACAAGAAUUUAGCUGCCGUAAUGGACAGGCUGAAAGACCACAACGUGCGGAUUAAUACGUCCAAGUGUGUUUUCGGGAGGAAGGAAGUUAAAUUUCUGGGAUUUGAACUGACGGACAAAGGAUGGAGAAUCGAACACGGGAAGCUCAGUGCGAUCAAGAAUUUCCGACGUCCAUCAUCAUGCGCUGAAGUAAAGAGCUUUCUUGGUCUAAUCACGUUCGUGGACAAAUUCCUUGUUCACCGAGCCACGAAAACGGAAUUCUUGAGAGCUUUGGCCAAUGCGGACACAUUCUACUGGACGGAAGCGGAAGAAACCGAGUUCGAGUCGUUGAAGAACCACACGGUCCAUGCCAUCAAGGUUCUCGGAUAUUAUAGCUGCUCAGAUUUUACCGAGCUGUACGUUGAUGCAUGCCUGGGCGCAGUGCUGGUUCAGCAUGACUCUGAUGGAACUCCAAGGAUCAUCGCAUGCGCGUCCAAAUCCCUUACAAAUGCUGAAGCAAAUUACCCCCAGUCACACAGAGAGGCAUUGGCCGUUGUAUGGGGAGUCGAACGGUUUUCGUUUUACCUCAUCGGAAGACCCUUCGUGAUACGUUCGGACGCCUCUUCAAAUGAGUUCAUUUUCCACACCAACUACCGCAUCGGGAAACGAGCCUUCAGUCGAGCCGAAGGUUACGCAUUGCGACUCUUACCCUACAAGUUCCGGAUUGAACGAGUGAAGGGCGAUGAAAAUGUAGCGGAUGCUCUCUCCAGACUGAUUCACGUUACGCAACCGGCUGUACCAUUUGAAGAGGAAUGUUCAAACCACGUUCUUUGCUCGUUGGACGCAGGUUGCAUGGAGAUUACUAUGAGUGAAAUCGAAUCUAGCUCUGAACGCGAUCAAGAAAUGGAGUUGCUACGUGCCGCUUUGGAUAGUGGAUCGUGGCCAGCGGAACUACGCGGUUACGAAGCCCAACGGAACCAGAUCCACAAGCUUGGUGCUUUGCUGUGCAAGGACGACCGGAUUAUCCUCCCGAAGGACCUGAGACAGCGAGCUAUGGAAUCGGCACAUGGUGGACAUAUCGGAGUGGUGGCGAUGAAACGUGUGCUGCGAGAUUUCUUUUGGUGGCCGCAGAUGAGCAAGCAAGCUGAAAAGUUUGUCAAGUCCUGUGAGACCUGCGUCCUGUUAUCCAAACGAAACCCCCCAGUGCCCUUGGCAUCUCGUGAACUUCCUGAAGGACUGUGGGAAAUAUUGCAGAUUGAUUUCCUAUCUGUGCCAGGAUUCGGCUCGGGUGAGUUUCUAAUAGUAAUUGACACAUAUUCACGAUUCCUGUCGGUAACGGAGAUGCAGCGCACAAAUGCAGAUGCAACCAACACGGCCCUGAUUCAAAUAUUUAAACGCUGGGGAUUGCCUCGAAUCAUCCAGAGCGACAACAAGUGCGUAAGUCGAUACCGCUGA